CGUUUAGUCAUUUCGAAGAACAGUAGAAGCUCAGUCUAAAGUUACGUUUCGCCCUGAAAUGGCGCCUUCACGAUUCGUCCUAACAAUUUUGCUCGCCAUUCUCCACGAAAGUGUUUCGCAAAUUUAUGACUGCGAAAGCUCAACGUCGAGUGAUGUUUGCAUCCUGCGUGACGUAACCAUUGCUCAGCCGGGCGAUAUCGACCAAAUCGAGCUACCGGAGGCGCAGCAGUACGUGCACUUUGUCAACGGCAACAUCCCGUCGUUUGCAGAAUCCAUCUACGGUCAGCUGGAGACCACCACCAAUCUAACCAUCACCGGCUGCGCGGUGAAGAAGCUGUUCGUCGGUGCUCAGUUGGUGCAUUUGAACGCCAGUGGGAAUGAUAUUCAAGCGAUUGAGAUUGCUUCUGGCAGUGAUUAUAGUUCGUUGAAGGUGCUCGACCUGUCCACCAACAACCUUUCCAGGAUUCCCAACGUGAAGGACUUUGUCGGGCUUGAACGGCUGGAUUUGUCCGGGAACAAAAUCACCUUCGGCAAGUUGGAUCUUUUCGCACGGCUUACCAAGCUGAAGUGGCUUAGCUUGGCGAGGAACGAGAUCAAUUCCCUGGUAGGUGGCUUACAGUUGAGAUACCUGGAAGAACUGCACCUCAACGGAAACAAACUGCUCGAGGUAGACUUUCUCACCUGGCAGCUUCGAGCGUUGGUGAAGCUAGACCUCCGAGAGAACCUGCUGAUGUACCUGAACGCCGAAGAUCUGGAAAGCCCCUUCCCGAAACUGGCUCGAAUCGACCUUUCCGGCAACCAGUGGAACUGCCAGGGAAUUACCAAGCUCGUCGAACGUCUCCAAAAGCGGUCGAUCUCGUUCCAACCCGCCCCGACCACCAGCAAGUGCCCAACCACGUCGAUCCAGGGCGUCUGCUGCGAGGACAGUUACGUCAACUCGGUCACGCUGCAGUCCCAGUGGGACAUCCGGAAGCUGCAGCGCCAGAUGCAAACCAUGAACGAUACGUUGGUGGCGAAGUUGGCCGCCGUCCGGCUGGAGCAGGGCGUCCAGAUUGAGCAGCUCGAGCGGCAGCUGACGGUGCAGGAGGGCCAGAUGGACCAGAUGAAGCGACAUCUGCUGCGGAUGGCACGGUUGAUCGAGGAUUUGAUCGAGGAGUUGUACCUGCGGCAGAUGGAGGGAGUGGCGGAGGCGAAGGAUGAAAAGCGACGCGGGGCGAAGAGGCAGCUGAAGAUUGUGUUUUGAAAUUAGGGUUAUUUUUCUCGAGAUGAGGAAGCGGAAGUUGUCCAAAAAUAUAACUUCUUAACGAAAACGGGAAUUUGCGGUUUGCUUAUGCUGAUUAAUUUAAAACAAUAAAACAAUGAUGAAUUCAAAUAAA